UGUAAAACAUUGUCAUUUCUAAAGUGGAUGGUAAACGGUCAUGAAACUAAGAAGGUUAAUUUUAAGUCAUUUGAAAACUACUCCUGCACGUCCUCAUCCCAAGGCAAACCAUUAUUGUUUUCAAAAAUCAAAGAAAAGAUUGAAAAGCUAGAAAAAGAAUGCAAUUCCUAUAUGUAUUUGAUUAUAUCCCUGUCAUUCAUCAUUCUCAUUUUCUUUUUUGUUCUCUUGUGUGGGUUGUUGUACAGAUAUAGAUGGAAAAUUCGUUAUUUUUACUACAUGACUAAAAGCCGAUAUCAUGGAUAUAAAUCUGUAAGAAGUGAUAGCCAGUCAGAUUUCAAAUAUGAUGCUUUUGUUUCAUACUCAGAUGAAGAUUUGCCGUUUAUUCAGAAAAUGAUUUUGGAAUUAGAAAAAAAUAAUGGGAUACGUUUAUGUAUUCAUCAUCGAGAUUUUGUUCCAGGAUACGAUAUUUCCGAAAAUAUUAUUACUGCUGUGAACAAAAGUAGAAAAACAGUCGUUAUUUUGUCUCCAAACUUUAUCAAAUCCAGUUGGUGUAUGUAUGAGCUGCAUAUUGCAAAGAUGGAAGAAAUAUAUUCUCGAGAAAAUGAAGGCGUUCUCGUUUUGAUAUUUUAUGAAGAAGUUCCUGUAGAUAAAAUGCCGCUUAGUGUCAUGGAUCUCAUCAAGCAAAAGUCGUACAUUGAAUUUCCUAACGAUGAAUAUGGGGAUCCAGUAUUCUGGAGGAGAGUAAGUGAAACCCUUCAAGACGAAGUUUUAUGCUAA